CGCGUCCAGCGUGACAAUGAGAAAGAGGGUUGGCGAUAAUGCGCGCGCGCGCUCGGUAAGGCUCGGUAAAGCGAUAAGGGUGAGCAAUGUCGACCAAUUAAUGUACGCGACUGGUACACACACACACACACAUACACACUGGUACACAUGAAUAAUGAAUGAGAAUGCCGAGCGUGCCGAUGAGAGACUUUGGGAGAUCUAGCGGCAAUGUAAAUAAGGGGGCACACUCACACGUUGACUUUCGCAAAACAUGCUGACGAGUGAGUUUAUCCUCGUGGUGUCAUUGUUCCUGCGCGCAGCAUCGUUCGGUGAUUACCAAUGGCGGCGGGAAGCAGUCGAAUUUUGGAGCGACGUUAUUUGCUCGAUGGAAAAUUGCAAAACCGCGAUUUUUCAUCGCGUCCCCAGCGGCGACGCUGGUCCGGCUUCCACCGACGACGUGUCGCGAUACUUGGACGACCUGGUGCGCGGUGUCGCGAGGAAAUGCGAGACAACGAUCGUGUCGAGGACUUACGUGUACUCUCGACGCUCGUCGGAGAAGUCCUUUGUCGGUGACGAGGAUAUGGUGCGCGAGAACGCGGAGUGCUCGUCGAGCAUUUGGAGCAUUACAUUCGACCACGUGAAUCUGCCUGUGACGCGGCCGACGAGACGAGACGCGGCCAAAAGAACACCGACACCGAACAGAGAUCAAGACUCUUCGCACGAAACGCGAAACACGUGGAACGUACAUGUCGUUCUCGCGAAGAACGCUCGCGCCUUCGACCGAGCGUUUCUGCGGAACGAAACGUUCCAGUGGAACCCGCGAGAUCGAUUCGUCGUGUUGAUCGUUGAUCGGAGGAAGAAACAUCAGGAGGAUCGGGAGAACGAACCGGACGUAAGUAUCGAGGAUAUCCUGAGGACGCUGUGGCACGAACGUAAGAUGUACAACGUCUUUGUCUCCGAGGGGAUCCUCAUGAACGGCACGACCCGAAUCAAUCGACUUGCGAGCACUUUCAAUCCCUUCGUCAAAAUCAACGAUUCCGCAUGGGGCGGGAUUGACGUUGUGACCGUAAACACGACGGUACGCUCGUCGAAUUUAACAACGCACCGUUGCACCAGAGAUCUCAAUGGGUACGAGUUGAAAGUGGGUAUAUUCAACGGUAGCCAAUCGACCGCGAGGCUGAUGAACACUUCGAUUACAUCAGCCAACGUACAGUACAAUUAUUUCGAUAUUUUCAAAGGCUUCGACGAGACGAUACUGGACAUAAUAGCCAGACGGAUGAAUUUUACGGUGAAGCGAGUACAUCCGACGGAUAACAAAUCGUUUGGUUACCAGUUACCCAACGGGACGUACAUCGGUGCUAUAGGUGACGUGGUGUACGGCAGAACGGACAUUUGCUUUGUGUCCUUUUUCGUGAAGAAAUACAGCCCCCACGUGAACAAUAUGGUGAUAGAGUUCACCACGCAAGUAGAGUUUGACAGAGUAUGCGUGAUUGCGCCAAAAGCGUCCAAGAUACACAAGUGGCUUCGGAUAUAUCACUUCUUUCCACUCUCAGUUUGGAUCUUCUCGAUGCUGUCUCACAUUCUCACGUAUGUCACGUGGCACAUGUUGCAGGUUUUCAAUCCACGCAGAACGGGAAGGGUCAAUUUCCUCACGACCGUCUAUCGGUCGUUUCUAUUCAACUGCGGUUGCCCCCAAAAGUUGCCGUGCACGAACGCUGAAAGGAUAUUACUGUCGGGCAUUUUCCUCGGCAACAUCACCAUAGUGGGUUUUUUCAAUGGUAUUUUGUACAAGAGCUUCGCGCACGACAUGUAUUACCGGGACAUCGACAGUAUGGAAGAUCUGGAUGCUUCGGGGUUGCCGAUACUGUUCACUUCAUUUGCCAUGAGCGAUUUUUUCGGUCCCAAAAAUGACACGGACACGACGCCGCUUAUACAAAGUCUGAGACGAAAGCUGCGACACGGCUAUAACGUCGUGAAAAACGCCGCCUACUAUCGCAAUGUCACGGGAUUAGUGAGAAAACAUCAUUUCCCUAUUUUGAACGAAGAGCUGGUCGACACGGGCGGUGCGCCGCUGCUUCAUCUCAUUAAGGAGUGUCCAGGUACGUACUAUCUGUCGUAUCUGCUGCCCAGGGAUUCAAUUCUACGCGAUAGAGUAAACGCGUUGAUCGCUCGACUGAAUCAAGCCGGCUUGCCGACCCUAUGGACCAGCCGCACCAUUCGACGCAUCAUUGCGAAGAGGAAGUUAGUGGUGAAACGCCAGAGCGAGAGCGAAGCGAAGGGGUUCGUGGCGUUUAGCUUGUCCGACCUGCAGACGUCAUUUUUCACCCUACUGGUAGGACUGUCACUGUCUAUGGUUGUAUUUUGCCAUGAGAGAGGCUGGCUGAAGCUACCGUUUCGUCAUCCGGCGGAAAAUCGGGCUUCAAAUCAAAACAAGCGUUAACAGCGCAGUCACGUCGCUGCGUUUCCUCUUGCAACUCUUUUUCCUCUUUUUCGUCUUUUUCAUCCAGCUAAGACCUCCUGGGUCGCAAACUAUGUACGAACGUGUGCGAAAUUCAAGAAAGAUGAUCAAUGUAAAAGAUGAUCAAUGAGAGCCUCAUCAUCAAGAAGAAAAAGAGGCGUCAAAAUAAAAAUUAAGUCACACAUAUUAAUUGUUGUUGUACUUGAUCCUACAGUGUGCACGCGAUGCUCAUUACCGACUAAUUACGAGGCAAGCACCACUCGAAACUCGAGCAUUGACUUGACUUAUGAUAUUCGAUAUGAGCAGACGCGCCAACACUGUGUAUGAUGGACCAUCCUGCAUGUCCUGCGCGCAGGCUCUUUCAGUGCGCAGAGAGGAAAACGUCGAGAGGGAGUAAAGGAUGCUUGUGAAUUUUCAGCAGUAACGCGACCAGCAGUAGCGCGGCUACCCAUCUCGGUUAGAUCCGCUCACUAUCACCUGUAACCUGUUGCCGAAUAUCGCGCAGACGAUGCUACGCUGUAUCGCUUUCCUUUGAUCGUUAUCUUUUGUCGUCGUCGUAGAGUGUAAGUGUAUAUAAGUGUGUGUACGUGUAUGCGACGAUCAAACAACGGGUAAUCCGAAACGAAUAAUUCGCGCUGUUCCUCUGAGACGACACCUCAGCGCGCGGAAUUCGUGCACGUAUAUCUCUAUGGUAUCGUUUCUUUCUUUCUUCUCUCUCCCU